AUGAUGAUCGCGCAAUGCUUUUCCAGCGCCUUGCUUUUGGCAGCUUACGCCUUUGCCUGCGCAGGACACCAUAACCAUUAUGACUUGGGUGAUAGAAAGCGUGAGGCCGCAGCCACAGAGCCUGCAACCGACUGGGCGUACGAAGCUUCCUUCAAUUGGGGUCGCAUUAACCCGAACUAUACGUUGUGUCAAACGGGCACACAGCAGUCGCCGAUUGCACUCAGUUUAAACAACGGUUUGGCUCUGAACCACAUCCUCAGGUUCACUUACCCAAAUCAGACGACGGGCAACUUCUAUAAUUGGGGCUACGGCCCUGCCUUCACCGUCACGCAUCCCGAAGGAGUCUACACCGGCAAUCCCUCCUUCACAUAUGACAACAUGACAGUCUAUUUAAAGGGCUGGCACAUUCACGCACCGGCAGAUCACUCAGUGAACGGCGACAGGUCCAAAGCGGAGUUGCACCUCGUCCAUGUCGACGCCGAAGGCCAUGAGAAGGCUGUGCUAGCGAUCCGGCUUGACCCAGGGAACGCGAACAACACGUUUUUCAACCAGUUGCCGCCAAUGAUUGGCUUUAACGACUUGGGGGUACAGCAACAGAUCAAUGUGAACCACAUGCCGGCCCUCAAUAGCGUACUGCUAUUCAAUGAGUUUUGGACAUACCAAGGCAGUCUGACGAGCCCGCCCUGCCAUGAAGGAAUCCGCUGGUUCGUGGCCCGCCAAGUCAUGUUCUCAGGUAUCGAGCAGAUGAGGAGUAUCCUGGGCGCGAGUACCUAUAGCGCAAGAGCUGAGCAAGAGGUUUGGCAACAUCGCAUCAACGAGUAG